AUGAAGGCGGGUGGUCUGAGAUGUCUUUCUUUGAGGGCUGCUCCUGUGACACCACCACAGACCCGUCAGACCUGCAUGCCCACCUCAACUGCUGACAAGGUGGAAACCAGCUGCUGGAUGAUCUAUGAAUGUCCCGACUACACAGGCCAUCAAUACUUCCUGAGGGGAGUCUCUUCUGACUUCCAGCAUUGGGUGGGCUUCAAUGACUCCACUAGGUGUUGUUUCAUCACAGCAGUUAAGUUUUCCAUAUUGUCUCCAUGUAUGUUACUGCUCUCAUUAGAAUCAGAGCACCACAUCCCAGAGCACAGCAGCUUCAGCAGUCUGAGGAAUGACUUGAGAAGCAGGAUGUUGAAGUUCAUGGAUAACUGCCCAUCUCUCCAAGAGGGCUUUCACUACACAGACAUCCAGACUUGUAACAUAUACAGGUGA